GCUGCUUCAUUCGAGAAGAUCUAUCAAUGUUAUCCACCAAUUUAUACUGACAAGUCAGAGCUGGAAAUAGGCAACAAAAUUAUAAUGCCCCCUUCAGCUCUUUCUCGUUUGUCAUAUCAGGAAAUUCAGUAUCCCAUGCUUUUCCAGCUAGAGAAUACCAUCACAGGUCAGAUCUCACACUGUGGAGUACUUGAAUUUGUGGCUGAGGGGGGUGUAGUUUUUAUGCCACUUUGGAUGAUGGAAAGUAUGGAUUUAGGAGUGGGAGAUACAGUCAAAUUGAAGUAUACCACUCUUCCAAAGGGGACUUAUUUUAAAUUACAGCCGCACAAAAAGAAUUUCUUAGACAUAUUCAAUCCGAAAGCUAUCUUGGAGGUUUCUCUGAGGAACUUCUCUUGUUUGACCAUAGGGGAUACCUUAAAGAUAAAUUACAAUAACACCACAUAUUGUAUAAAUAUAGUUGACAUAAAACCUGAAUGUGCCAUAAGUCUCCUUGACACAGACUUGGAGGUGGACUUCGCUAUUCCACUUGAUUACAGUGAGCCUGAAAGGCUGCCAGUAAAUCCUGCUGCUCUAUCCACUACUAUAACUAGUCAAAGAAUGGCAAGAGAAAUUCCAUCUGCAGAGCAUGUGGCAGAAUUGGACAGAAGAUUUACUGCAUUCACUGGAAUUGGAAGGCGUCUGAAUGGAAAACCUGUAUCGCCAAAAAGUCCUAGAGUUAAAUCACCAAGGUCAAGAUCCCCUUCAAGAGCUCCAAUGCGUAAAUCAGGCAAGCUUGUAUUUGGUGACAAUACCAAUCAAACCCAUGCAUAUACAAAAGAAACUGUGAAGGUGGCGGGGCAGAAAAAUGAAAAGGAAACUGAAGAAGCUGAAAAGUUCCAACCCUUCACUGGGAAAAAGUAUUCUUUAAAAGAUUGA